AUGCGUUUCCUGCCUUGGGGGCUUCUGCUCGGCUGCCUGGGCUGCAGCAUCUGGCCUGGAGCCUGGGCCCAGUUCCCCAGGGUCUGCAUGACCUUAGACAGCCUGAGGAAAAAGGAGUGCUGCCCGGCCCUGGGUGUGGCGCCCGGCAAUGUCUGUGGCUCCCAGGAAGGCCGGGGACAGUGCUCAGAGGCGCGAGCAGACACCAGGCCCUGGAGUGGCCCUUACGUCCUGCGAAACCGGGAUGAUCGCGAGCGGUGGCCAAGGAAGUUCUUCAACAGGACCUGCAGGUGCACAGGAAACUUUGCUGGCUAUAACUGUGGAGACUGCUGGUUCGGCUGGACUGGCCCUAACUGUGAUCAGAGGAAACCACCCGUUGUCCGGCAGAACAUCCAUUCCCUGACUCCGCAGGAGAGGGAGCAGUUCCUGGGUGCCUUAGAUCUGGCCAAGAAGACCACACACCCUGACUACGUGAUCGCCACACAGCACUGGCUGGGCCUGCUUGGGCCCAAUGGGACCCAGCCACAGAUAGCCAACUGCAGCAUUUACGAUUUUUUUGUAUGGCUCCAUUACUAUUCUGUUAGAGACACAUUAUUAGGACCAGGACGCCCCUUCAAGGCCAUAGAUUUCUCACACCAAGGACCUGCUUUUGUGACCUGGCAUAGAUACCAUUUAUUGUGGCUGGAAAGAGACCUCCAGCGCCUCACUGGGAAUGAGUCCUUCGCUUUGCCCUACUGGAAUUUUGCCACUGGGAGAAACGAGUGUGAUGUGUGCACAGACCAGCUUCUCGGGGCAGCCAGACAAGAUGACCCAACUCUGAUUAGUCCGAACUCAAGAUUCUCCAGCUGGGAAAUUGUCUGUGACAGCUUGGAUGACUACAAUCACCGAGUCACCUUGUGUAAUGGAACGUAUGAAGGUUUGCUGAGAAGAAAUCAAGUGGGAAGAAAUAGUGAGAAGUUGCCAACCUUAAAAAACGUACAAGAUUGUCUGUCCCUCCAGAAGUUUGACAACCCUCCUUUCUUCCAGAACUCUACCUUCAGCUUCAGGAAUGCCUUGGAAGGGUUUGAUAAGGCAGAUGGGUUGCUGGACUCUCGAGUGGCGAACCUUCAUAACUUGGUUCACUCCUUCCUGAACGGGACAAGUGCUCUGCCACAUUCAGCCGCCAAUGAUCCUGUUUUUGUGGUCCUUCACUCCUUCACUGAUGGCAUCUUUGAUGAGUGGAUGAAAAGAUACAAGCCUGCUGCAGAUGCCUGGCCUGAGGAGUUGGCACCCAUCGGUCACAAUCGAAUGUAUAACAUGGUCCCUUUCUUCCCUCCAGUGACUAAUGAGGAACUUUUUCUAACUGCAGACCAACUUGGCUACAUUUAUGCUAUUGAUUUGCCAGUUUCAGCUGAAGAAACUCCAAGUUGGACCACAAUACUCUCGGUGGUGAUGGGAACACUUGCGGCCUUGGUUGGUCUUUUUGUGCUGCUGAUUUUCCUGCAGUACAGAAGGCUCCGCAGAGGAUACACACCCCUCAUGGAAACUCAUUUAAGCAGCAAGAGAUACACAGAAGAAGCUGAGGGAGCUCAGGCCAUACCCUAG